CACACUCACAGUAACAUGCACACGCACACAUUAAUGAACCUUUUGUUUUUUCAGACCACUAAUGGCUUCCACUUCUGUGGAGGUUCCCUCAUCAAUGAGAGCUGGGUGGUGACUGCUGCUCACUGCAACUUCAGGACGAGGUCCCACCUUGUGGUUCUUGGAGAACACGACCGCUCCUCCUCUGCCGAGGACGUCCAGGUGAAAAGGGUCAGCAGGGUGUUCAGGCAUCCCAACUACAACCGCCGCACCAUAAAUAACGACAUCACGCUCCUCAAGCUGUCCAGCCCUGCCCAGAUGAACAGGCACGUGUCCACUGUGUGUGUGGCCGAGACCGCAGAUAACAUCGCUCCAGGAACAUCGUGCAUGAGCACAGGAUGGGGUGUGACCAGAGGCAAUGCUCGUCAAACCCCCUCCCUGCUGCAGCAGACCGCCGUCCCCAUAGUGAGCACUGAGCAGUGUCGCAGGGUCUUCGGCAGCACGAUCACUCCCAUUAUGAUCUGCGCCGGAGGAGCCGGAUCCUCGGUCUGUUCGGGCGACUCCGGCGGUCCUCUGGUCUGUCUGAAGGACAACGCCUGGACUCUGGUCGGUAUUGCAUCUUUCGUAGCGGGAGGCCGGAAUCCCUGUAACCCCAACAUUCCCGCCGUGUACGCCCGCGUCACAGCACUGCGCACCUUUAUAGACCAGACCAUCGCCAACAACUGAGCCACAACCUGAAACACAACACUCUCUCAUUUAUUUACAUCCAACUGUAAAAAACUGCUUUUACAUGAUGCUUUCUGAACAAGGUUAGCUUAGCAUAAACACUGGAGGCAGCGCAGACACAGGCUAGCUUAGCUUAGCAUAAACACUGGAGGCAGGGCAGACACAGGCUAUCUUAGCUUAGCAUAAACACUGGAGGCAGGGCAGACACAGGCUAGCUUAGCUUAGUAUAAACACUGGAGGCAGGGCAGACACAGGCUAGCUUAGCUUAGCAUAAACACUGGAGGCAGCGCAGACACAGGCUAGCUUAGCUUAGCAUAAAGCACACAUCUAAAGUUCAUUAACGUCACCAGGAAAUCGACUUUAUUUUUCUUCUACAGAACUCUGAUUAGUUUUCUCUGCUGAAGCAAUUAUGAAUUAAUGAAUUACAAUAACAAUUAAUAAAGACUAUGUAUUAUAUAAUAAAAAUAUGGUCCUGAAACUGAGCUCUCCCUGAGGACUUCCUGUUUAACAUUUCAACAUUAUAUAAAGUGUUUGAAUCACUGACACCACAUUUGAAAACAUUUAUUCAUUCCUUCCACAAAAAGCUCAUUUACUCCAUCAGCUGCGUCAACAGCUGGAUUCAUUCUUUAAAAGUCAAUAAAGUUCUUGUAGAAAAGAAGAAAAAAAGAAGCUGCAGUCACCUGAACAACAGAUUAAAGCA